CAAUAUCGCCGCACCCGCCACUGCAACCCGGCAACCGGCCAACCAAACGACGACCGGACGGAACCCUUCCAAAUAAGGAACCAAAAUGUGAACUGCCGUCGCCAAAAUUCGAUUUCUCUGAUCGUUUUGGCUUCGAAUUUGAUCUGAUUGUUUGUGCAUAACGAAGAGAAUCGAAAGAGGAGGAACGCGCUAUCUACAGGCAUGGCUGGACGAAGCCAUCAGCCGAAUGCCUUGAAACGACGCGAAGUUCCGUUGAGCCGAAGCCCCACUGACGAUCGUCGAGCUCAUCAUCGUCUUUCUCACUCAUCUUCCGUUGGUGGUUCUUCGAGGGCUCACCAGACAAUCCUUGUCGAAGAUCGGAUAUCUGCGCAGCACCGAGAGAUUCAAACUCUAAUCUAUGAUAACCAACGGCUUGCAGCCAGUCACGUGGCGCUCAAGCAAGAGCUGGCGGCGGCUGAUCAAGAGCUUCGACACCUAUCGGCCACUGCGGCUAAAGUCAAGGCCGAGAGAGACGCUGAAGUGAGGGAGGUUUAUGAGAAAUCGCUAAAGAUGGACGCCGAGGUUCAUGCGAUGGACGCGAUGAUGGCGGAGCUCGUUCAAGUGCGGGCGGAUAUACAGAAGCUGAGUACCGUCAAGCAAGAGUUAUCGGCGGAGUUGCAAGCAAUUCGCGACGGCCUUACUAAAGCCUCCUCUGACUCACAGCCAUUGCCGCCCAUUAAAGGUGAAAUUGAUAGAAUGCACCAUGAAAUUCAAAGAGGAAGGGCUGCUAUUGAAUAUGAGAAAAGGACUCACGCUAGUAAUGUUGAGCAGAGUGAGGCAAUGGAAAAGGGUAUGGUUUCCAUGUCCCAGGAAGUUGAAAAAUUGCAUGCUGAACUGGCCAAUGCUGAAAAGAGAGCGAGGGCUGCGUCAGCUGUAACGAGUCCUUUUCCCGGUUAUGCUGCAACUUAUGGCCAUCCCGACAUGAGAUACAGCAGGAGCUCAUAUCCCUCUGACCCUUAUGGCAAUCAUCAGGUUCAGGGAGGAGCUGGCGUCGAUACAUAUGCACGCGCACCAUCAACACAUGGACCGCCUUACCACGUACAACCAGCACCACCGCAUACACAAUGAAUGAGCAGUGUAAUGCAUGGAUAUGUUAUGUGCUGUGCUUUUGAUGAGGGGUGGUGCGAAAGGCGUUGUAAAUACAGCUGCGGAUGCUCUGUUUUCGCAUCGUAAGUUCCUUUCAUCGUAAGUUCCUUUCACUACUAUGUAAAUUUAACUUGUGACCCAUGGCAGUUCUGAAAGAGCGGUCAAUAUCAUGGGUUUCGUUAAGUUUUGACAUAAUGAUUCACUGAAUUUUUUCCCCCGCAAAUGAUAUUGGAAACAUCUUAUCCUCCUUA